AUGGUUUAUGGUUAUUGGAAAGCUGGAAAACAAAACGAUAAUGCCACGUUUGAUUUGUACUUCAGGAAGAAUCCAUUUCACGGGGAAUUUACAAUAUUCGCUGGCUUGCAAGAGUGUUUGCAUUACAUAGAGAAUUUUAAAAUUACCGAUGAAGAUGUUGCUUAUCUCAGAACUGUGUUUCCAGACACUACAGAAGAAGAGUUUUACACAUUUUUUAAACAGUUAAACACAUCUGAAGUCACUGUCAUGGCUGUUAAAGAGGGUUCAGUUGUUUUUCCAAAAGAGCCUCUUUUAGUAAUCUCUGGACCUCUGGCAGUCACACAACUGAUGGAGACAACAUUGUUGACUUUGGUCAAUUAUGCAAGCCUGGUGGCCACGAAUGCUGCAAGGUUUAGACUUGCUGCUGGUCCAGGAAAAACAUUGUUAGAAUUUGGUCUGAGAAGAGCACAAGGACCUAAUGGAGGUCUUUCUGCUUCAAAAUAUUCUUACUUGGGAGGAUUUGAUGGGACGAGUAAUGUAAUGGCAGGCAUGUUGUAUGGAGUUCCAAUCAAAGGAACACAUGCUCAUUCCUUUGUUUCAUCGUUCAACCCAAGUGAAGAGAAACAAAUUGGAAAAUUACAGCCAGCUGAUAAGUCAAAACCACCCAGAGAUUUCUACCCAGAAACUGUCAAAUGGUUGAAAAAAAUAGCACCAGUUUUGAAAGUUGUUCAAUCAGAAACAAAUGACGGAGAGAGAGUUGGGUUUUGUGCCUACGCUACAGCCUUUCCAACAUCUUUUUUAGCUUUAGUUGACACCUACAAUGUUCUAAGGAGUGGUCUUCCCAAUUUCUGUGCUGUUGCCUUAACUCUUUAUGAUUUUGGAUAUAAGGCACUGGGUAUUCGUUUGGACUCCGGUGAUUUGGCGUACUUGUCACAGGAAGUAAGAAAAAGAUUGAAAAUGGUUGCUGAAGAGUUUGAUGCUCCUUGGUUGAAGAAAACUACUAUUGUUGCAAGUAAUGAUAUCAAUGAAGAUACCUUGCUAUCACUGAACCAACAGCUCUCGGGUGGGUGGUGUGUUUUCAAACUUAUUGAAAUUUCUGGAAGUCCAAGAAUGAAGCUAAGUGAAGAUGUUGAGAAAGUCUCAAUUCCUGGAAAAAAGAACCUUUAUCGUCUUUAUGGACACGAUGGGAAAGCACUUGUGGAUCUGAUGACGAAGAGCAGAGAAGAGAUGCCUGGUGUCGGAUCACGAAUACUAUGUCGUCAUCCAGUUCUCGAGAAUAAAAGAGCCUGGGUCUCACCAUCGAAAAUUGAAGAUCUUUACAAAGUCUACUGGAAGGAUGGGAAGAUCCAAGAGUCGAUACCAUCAAUAUCCGAGUCAAGGGAACACGUUCAGCAAUCUUUGGACAGUUUCAGAGGAGAUCAUCUUCGAGUUCUUAACCCAACGCCUUACAAGGUAUCCGUCUCAGAUAAUUUGUAUGAAUUUAUGCACAAGUUAUGGCUGGAAAGUGCGCCGAUCGGAGAACUCUCGUGAAUACGCCGGUAUAGUCACCCUCGUACCCAGGGUUUUCCCCUUGGGGUGAGGUAUAGUUAGUCUUUAUGUACAAUUAGUGGUUGAACUCUAGGUAUAUAUUUCACCGCAGUUAACCACAAAUUUCCACAGAUUUAUGCAAGGGAUCGGUUAUGUAUAGUAUAACUGUACGAUCACAUGCAAAUGUGAAAUGAUGAACUGAUAACAAAAUGGAACGAAAAAAACCCGAUUUACAUUACUUAAAUACAAUACUAAAUACUGUACAUGAAAUUUUUUGAAACAUAAAUUUAAAGGGAUUCUCGAAAUUGAAGUUAAACCCUGAUUGAAAUGUGCG